AUGAGUACAUAUAUACUGGAUUAUUAUCGAUGCGAAUGGCCUUUGAAAGAAGCAUUUUUCAGCGUCUUUUCUUGGCAUAAUGAAACUCUCGAUGUCUAGACAUAGGUAUUUAAUUAUUAUUUAUUGAUUUUUUUUUUUGGGUGUGGAACCCACGGUUCACAAGUUUCUGGACCGACGAUGAUGAAGAAUCAAGACUUUAACGUCUCUGAUGAUGUUAAGUUUCCUGCAAAUUCGGACUUGAUGAGGCACAAUUUAGAGCAAUCAGUCUUCCAUAAACAGGAUGGUUCUGACAGAGUUAUUCCUAGAUGGCAAUGGUUCGUUUUCUUAACUGGGACGAUGGUGUGCCUGGUCUGCAGCUCCCUCUCUCACCUCCUUGCUUGCCAUUCCAAACGUUACAAUUUGUUCUUUUGGCGCCUAGAUUAUGCUGGCAUCUCCCUUGUGAUAGUUUCUUCAUUCCUUGCUCCCAUCUAUUAUACCUUCUAUAGCAACCCCAAUCCACGGUUCUUUAAUCUAACCUCCAUAUUGGUGCAUUUGACAUUGCAGGGCACAUCCAUCAGAUUUUUCAUGUGUUUAUUGUUCUAG